CAUACUGCAUCGGGACAUUCUGAAUCUCUAAUGCACGUUUCUAAUCAAACGUCUUCUGCACAUUGUAAAUCCGUGAAUGAGUUUUGCAAUAUAAUUUGGUACAUUUAUUUAUUGCAUUAAGUCUAUAAACUGACAAGCAAAGAAUGUCCAGGGUGGGUUUCCGUCUUAAUCAAAUGUUGAGAGCAAAGAGCAACAUUGCUUCCUGUAUUAGCCAUGGAUAGCUUCUGCAGGGGUAACGUAACGUUACAUUUCUCGUUUUGAAUGCUUCGGUUCACGUUGCAUCAUGAAAACCUUGAAUGUUAUACUUUAUAAUGUUAUAGUCGAAAGAUAUGUAAACUCACAAACGCACACUGAAUAGACAACAGCUAAUUGUCCUUUACGGAUUCCCCCUUCACUCAAUGGGGAAAUACAAAACGAAACGCAUUCAUGACAGUCAAACAGCCACUGAUCAAAGACAUCUAUAAAGCGGUGAAGAAAGGAGGAAAAGAGGACACACAGGGGAAGAAGUCUCCACCACCACCACCACCACCAGAGCCAGGUCAGAGAGAGGUGUCUGAAAGUCCACAAUUGUCAGAAAGAGAAAGAGAACUGCUGGAACUGAAGAAGUUUGACUUGAACUGGCACUUUGGACCAUGCACUGGCAUCAGCCGACUGCAGCGCUGGGACCGAGCAACGUUGCAUGGGUUAGACCCCCCACAGGAGAUCAGAGACCUGCUGCUGAACAGAGAGAACGACCCAGACUACUCACACUGCUUAUGGCGAGACUACCCCCUGUGAAGAAAGGGUGAAUGAGUGAAGAUGACAAGAAAAUGAUCGUUCCUUCAUAGAAUGUUUCCUUUUUAACACUUUUUUACACUACGUUUUCCAAUUAAAGAUUGACUUGAAGAAUCA